CCCGCCCAUCCAAUCAGGGGGCGGGGGCGCCUCAAGAUGGCUGCGUCCAGGCAGCCGCCUUCCUGCCACGUGGAGUUCGGCGGGGCGGUGGCUGCCCGGGAGCCGCCGGAGGCCGCCCCCGAGGGGCUGGAGGCCGUGUUCCCCCGGGACGUCGGGCUCUUCGCUGACGCCUUCCCCGAGGAGACCCGCUACGGCUUCUGCGGCCACGUGUUAACCAUCGCCCAGCACCACGGGGCUCGGCUCGGGGUGGCAGCGCCCGUCUGGGAGGCGGCUCUAACCCUGUGUAAAUAUUUUGAGAAGCAGAAGCUCAACUUCUGGGGCAAGAAGGUGAUUGAGCUGGGCGCUGGGACAGGCAUCGUGGGCAUCCUUGCCACCCUGCUCGGAGGAGAUGUAACCAUCACAGAUCUCCCUCUGGCUUUGGAGCAGAUACAGGAGAACGUCCAUAGGAAUGUGCCUGCAGAGCAUUUGGCUCGGGCCAGAGUUUGUGCUCUGUCUUGGGGUCUGGACCACAAGGAGUUCCUGAGAGACUACGACUUCAUCCUGGGUGCAGACAUAGUCUAUCUGAAAGACACGUUCCCCUUGCUCAUCAGGACCCUCCGGCACCUCUGUGGCCCUCAUUCAACCAUUUACCUGUCUUCCAAAAUGCGGCAGGAGCACAGCACGGCUGUGUUCUACGAGGCGCUGCUCCCGCUGCACUUCACUUCAGAACUGGCCUAUAGGGAUGAAAAUGAGAACAUUAACAUCUAUAGAGUCACCAGCAAGCAGAAUAGCUGAGGUUAGGGCAGACUUUUCUCCCUGGCUGGAAAGGGACAGACCCAACAUGGCCUUUGGCUUUUCCAAACUGAGAGCUAUGAUCCCAACUGAGUGAGCCACCAGCAGUCAAAAUGGAGCACGCAGUGUGGAAUUGAGGCAGAUUCCUCCUUUCUGCCAGCAAUGUGGACCCAAGAUGUUACCACCACCACCCUCCAACCUGGGGAGAGAAGCUGGGUUUUAGCUUUUCCCCAGACCUGGAGACAGCGUUUCUUGAUGUCAGUGGAAGUUCUAAAAGCAAAGAUCUUUAAGAGGAUGGCUGUUUUAGGCCCAUCCCUGGAACCCUGGCCUUCCAAGCCAAAAGGUCUUCUGCCACGGAAGCAGGCCAAGUGACUUGAAGCAACCAUCAAGAGCAUUAAAUGUCCCUUAAGAGACACCAUAGUGCCUUGUUCCUAUAAUUUGGCUAACUAUAUUUUUUUCAUAACUUGUCAUAUUUGAAUUAAAGAUGGAUUUCAUGUG